CCAUCUAAACUCUGAACCACAUUGAAAGCUGUGAACCUAAAAUGAAUGAAAACAACAUCAUCCAACAUCUCAGGGAAACACGCAAGAAACAAAUCAAGCAAAGCUCAUCCCAGAUGGACCAUUUAGCUCCGUAGGCGUGUGCCAUGUGCUGUUGGUGCUGCUGCUUGGAGUGCUUCCAUAACACCCCUCCCCUCAACCUCUUCCUCCACUUCUCCGACGCACCUCUUCCAGGAGAAGCAGCAGCUUCUGGACCUUUCUCCAUGGCUUCCAUCUCGGUUCCGAACCCAGUUCCUUCCCCAACCGAAGACGCAGAGAACGUAAGGAAAGCAGUGCAAGGAUGGGGCACGGACGAGAAGGCGUUGAUCGAGAUACUGGGCCACCGGACGGCAGCGCAGCGCGCUGAGAUCGCCGUGGCGUACGAGGGCCUCUACGACGAGCCACUCCUCGAGAGGCUCCACUCCGAGCUCUCCGGCGACCUCCGGAGCGCGAUGAUGCUGUGGACGACGGACCCAGCAGCGCGUGACGCCAAGCUGGCCCACAAGGCUCUGAAGAAGAAGGGCGACCGGCACGUGUGGGUGCUCAUCGAGGUCGCCUGCGCGUCGUCGCCGGACCACCUCGUCGCCGUCAGGAAGGCCUACUGCGCCGCCUACUCCGCCUCCCUCGAGGAGGACGUCGCCACCUGCCCGCUCUACAAGGACCCUCUGAAGCAGGCAAGGCCGCCAGCUUCAUCAGUGUGCAGAUCUUGACAUUUUUCUCACGUUCUUGUCUGCCACUCACUUCGGUUGGUGCCUGUCCCGCAGUUCUUGGUGCGCCUCGUGAGCUCGUACCGGUACUCCGGCGACCGCGUGGACGAAGAGCUGGCGGGGGCCGAUGCGGCCGAGCUACACGACGCGGUGGUGGGCAGGAAGCAGCCGCUGCACGGCGACGUCGUGCGCAUCGUCAGCUCGCGGAGCAAGCCACAGCUGAAGGCGACGUUCGGGCGGUACAAGCAAGAGCACGGCAAGGCCAUCGACGAGGUCCUCGAGGAACGUCGCAACGACCAGCUCGCGGCGAUGCUGAAGACCGCGGUGUGGUGCUUGGCAUCGCCGGAGAAGCAUUUCGCAGAGGUGAUCCGGAGCUCGAUCGUCGGGCUCGGCACCGACGAGGAGUCACUGACGAGGGCGAUCGUCUCGCGCGCCGAGGUCGACCUGAAAAAGGUGGAGGAAGAGUACAAGGUGAGGUACCGCACGACGGUCACCCAGGACGUCACCGGCGACACGUCGGGGUACUACAAGGACAUCUUGCUCACGCUUGUUGGCCCUGAGUAGCCAGAGCCCAGAAGCAGAUAUUGUUUGCGCUUUGUAGCUUGCAUGUUUGAUUGAACAAAACUGAAAUUGUGCUUGUCAAGUUCUCCUGUGUACAAACUAGAGUGAAAUGUUGAUUGUGAAACUGUAAGAUUCGUGCUGAUCUAUUUGGAGAGAAUAAAACGCCACAUGGAUGGGCAAACCACUGAACAAAGGCUACAUUGCCUCUCGAGUAUUGUCAUGCACUCGCUUUGUACACAUUAUAACUGUUGCAAUUCGACUCAAAUAUCACCAAAGUAACAGCAGAACGGCUAAAACAUUACAACAGAAGAAAACGUCUCCUGCAUCAUAGGUGAGCA